GCUUAUCCUCAACCGGUAUGGGGUUCCGAGGUGCGUGGUCUCAGUCGAAGAAGGCGGAGGCAGGGACGAGGCCGGAGCACUUAUCCUCACCCAAUAUGGGGUCCCAGGCGCGUGCUCGGAGGCGGGAGCGCUUAUCCUCAACCAAUAUGGGGUCCCAGGCGCGUGGUCUCAGCCCGAAGAAGGCGGAGGCGGGGACGAGGCCGGAGCGCUUAUCCUCGACCAACGUGGAGUCCCAGGUACGCGAUCUCGGCCCGAAGAAGGUGAAGGUGGGGUGCUUGAAGCCAGAAGAAGGCGAGCUUCAAGAGGAGGCGACAACAAGCUCGAAGGACUUACUCUCAGAAUACGUUCUCGGCGCGUGGUCUCAACCUGAAGAAGACAGAGGCGGCGACAAGGUGCGCGGUCUCAACUUGAAGAGGAUGGAGGCGGGAACCAGGCCGGAGCACUUCUCCUCAACCAAUAUCGGGUCCGAGGUGCGUGGUCUCAACUCGAACAGGAAGCUCAAGCUGAAGAAGACAGAGGUGUGGAAGUUCAAGCUGAAGAAGACACAGGCGUGGAAGCUCAAGCUGAAGAAGGGCAAGGACAAGGUGCGUAUCCUCAAGAAGAAGAAGGCCGGGAGCGGGAACGAAGCCGUGCAGGCUCGCCUGCAUGGUGUCCCAGGUACGUGCGUGGUCUCAGUCGAAGAAGGCGGAGGCAGGGACGAGGCCGGAGCACUCAUCCUCAACCAAUAUGGGGUCCCAGGCGCGUGCUCGGAGGCGGGAGCGCUUAUCCUCAACCAAUAUGGGGUCCCAGGCGCGUGGUCUCAGCCCGAAGAAGGCGGAGGCGGGGACGAGGCCGGAGCGCUUAUCCUCGACCAACGUGGAGUCCCAGGUACGCGAUCUCGGCCCGAAGAAGGUGAAGGUGGGGACGAGGGCGGAGCACUUAUCCUCAACCGAUAUGGGGUCCUAGGUGCGCGCCCUACCGCAGCGUGCAUCAGUGCCAGGUGCUUGAAGCCAGAAGAAGGCGAGCUUCAAGAGGAGGCGACAACAGGCUCGAAGGACUUACUCUCAGAAUACGUUCUCGGCGCGUGGUCUCAACCUGAAGAAGACGGAGGCGGCGACAAGGCCGGAUCGCCUAUCCUCAACUGUCAUGGGUUCCCAGGUUCGUGGUCUGGAGAGAACAGAAGCCGAGACCAGGCCGGAGUGCCUAUCCUCAAGCAAUAUGGGGUCCCAGGUGCGCGGUCUCAACUUGAAGAGGAUGGAGGCGGGAACCAGGCCGGAGCACUUGUCCUCAACCAAUAUCGGGUCCGAGGUGCGUGGUCUCAACUCGAACAGGACGGAGGCGAGGAGAGGCCGGAGUACCUAUGCAAGGACAAGGCUGGGAGGGCCCAUCCUCAACCAACAUGGGGUUCCGAGGUGCGGAAGUUCAAGCUGAAGAAGACACAGGUGUGGAAGUUCAAGCUGAAGAAGACAGAGGCGUGGAAGCUCAAGCUGAAGAAGGGCAAGGACAAGGCGUGGAAGCUCAAGCUGAAGGAGACGGAGGCGUGGAAGCUCAAGCUGAAGAAGGGCAAGAACAAGGCGUGGAAGCUCAAGCUGAAGGAGACGGAGGCGUGGAAGCUCAAGCUGAAGAAGGGCAAGAACAAGGCCGGGAGGGUGUAUCCCCAACCAAUAUGGGUUUCCCUCAAGCUGCAGAAGGGCAACGACAAGGUGUGGAAGCUCAAGCCGAAGAAGACAGAGGCAAGGACCAGACCGGGCGUGGACGCGCGAGCGGAAGAAGACAGAGGCAAGGAGGAGGCGUGGACGCUCAAGCGGAAGAAGACAGAGGCAAGGAGGAGGCCGGGCGUGGACGCUCAAGCGGAAGAAGACGGGGGCAAGGACCAGGCGUGGAAGCUCAAGCGGAAGAAGACGGGGGCAAGGACGAGGCGAACACUGAAGGAGACGGAGUCGCCGAAGGCGAGCCAUGGAGAGUGCAAGGAAUAUGCCCGAUACUUGGGCAUCGACCCCGGAUACGAGGGAGAAGAGACACACAACGCGAUGUUGUGCCCGAGCCUCGGCGAGGACGAGGCCGGAGCGCUUACCCUCAACCAAUAUGGGGUUCCAGGUGUGACGUCUCGCAGCCCGAAGAAACUGGAGGCGGGAACUACGGGGUCCCAAUCCGGAGAAGGCGGAGGCGGGGAAGAGGUGCGUGGUCUCAACCUGAAGAAAGCGGAGGGGACGAGGCCGGAGGGCUUAUCCUCAACCAAUAUGGGGUCCCAACCCGAAGAAGGCGAAGGCGGGGACGAGGCCGGUGUGAAGUCGCAUCCCGGAGAAGGAGGAGGCGGGGACGAGGCCAAAGCGAUUAUCCUCAACAAAUCUGGGGUCCGAGGUGUGAAGUCUCAUCCCGGAGAAGGAGGAGGCGGGGACGAGGCCAAAGCGAUUAUCCUCAACAAAACUGGGGUCCGAGGUGUGAAGUCUCAUCCCGGAGAAGGAGGAGGCGGGGACGAGGCCAAAGCGCUUAUCCUCAACCAAUAUGGGGUCCUAGGUGCGUGGUCAGACAGCCCGAAGAAGGCGGAGGCAGGGGGCGUGGUCUCACAGCCCGAAGAAGGCGGAGGCGGGGACGAGGCCGGCGCGGACGAGGCCGGAGAGCUUGUCCUCAACCAAUAUGGGGUUUCAGGGAAAGCGGAGGCGGCGCAGCCGCGAAGAGGUGCAGCCGCCACGCUUAUCCUCAACAAGAAUGACGCUUAUCCGGUGCCAGGCGAAGAGGUGCAGCCGCCACGCUUAUCCUCAACCAGAAUGGGGGCCAGGGGGAAGAGGCGAAGAGGUGCAGCCGCCACGCUUAUCCUCAACCAGAAUGACGCUUAUCCGGUGCCAGGCGAAGAGGUGCAGCCGCCACGCUUAUCCUCAACCAGAAUGGGGGCCAGGGGCAGGCGAAGAGGUGCAGCCGCCACGCUUAUCCUCAACCAGAAUGGGGGCGAAGAGGUGCAGCCGCCACGCUUAUCCUCAACCAGAAUAGAGGCGCAGCCGCGAAGAGGUGCAGCCGCCACGUUUAUCCUCAACCAGAAUGGGGGUCAGGGGGAAGAGGCGAAGACAGCCGCCACGCUUAUCCUCAACCAGAAUGGGGGCCAGGGGGAAGAGGCGAAGAGGUGCAGCCGCCACGCUUAUCCUCAACCAGAAUGGGGGCGAAGAGGUGCAGCCGCCACCCUUAUCCUCAACCAGAAUGGGGGCCAGGGGGAAGAGGCGCAGCCGCGAAGAGGUGCAGCCGCCACGCUUAUCCUCAACCAGAAUGGGGGCAGGGGGAAGAGGCGAAUCCUCAACCAGAAUGGGGGCCAGGGGGAAGAGGCGCAGCCGCGAAGAGGUGCAGCCGCCACGCUUAUCCUCAACCAGAAUGGGGGCCAGGGGGAAGAGGCGCAGCCGCGAAUCCUCAACCAGAAUGGGGGCCAGGGGGAAGAGGCGCAGCCGCGAAGAGGUGCAGCCGCCACGCUUAUCCUCAACCAGAAUGGGGGCCAGGGGGAAGAGGCGCAGCCGCGAAGAGGUGCAGCCGCCACGCUUAUCCUCAACCAGAAAGGGGGCCAGGGGGAAGAGGCGCAGCCGCGAAGAGGUGCAGCCGCCACGCUUAUCCUCAACCAGAAUGGGGGCCAGGGGGAAGAGGCGCAGCCGCAAAGAGGUGCAGCCGCCACGCUUAUCCUCAACCAGAAUGGGGGCCAGGGGGAAGAGGCGAAGAGGUGCAGCCGCCACGCUUAUCCUCAACCAGAAUGGGGGCGAAGAGGUGCAGCCGCCACGCUUAUCCUCAACCAGAAUGGGGGCCAGGGGAAGAGGCGAAGAGGUGCAGCCGCCACGCUUAUCCUCAAGCAGAAUUGUGCGGAGGCGGGGACAAGGCGGGGACAAGCAACCAAUAUGGGGUCCCCGGUGCGUGGUGUCAACCUGAAGAAGACGGAGGUGCGUGGUCUCAACCUGAAGAAGACGGAGGCGCAUGCAGAAGUGGUGCUUAUACUCAACCUGAAAGAAGACGAAGGCAAGGGACAAGGCCGGAGGGCUCGCAUGGAGAGGUGCCUGCUCAUGCUCUAA